AUGUUAAAGGCCGUCCCGCCCGCUAUACACGAACUGACCAACCUGUCCGUUCUCAAUAUUAGCGGCAACAAGGAUAUAACAGAGCUACCCCCACAAAUGGGCCUUCUUACCAGGCUCUGGAACCUGAACACUGUGGGAUGUUCCCUCAACGAGCCCCUCCGUUCCAUGGUGAGGGGAUCCCGGUGCCGGAGUGUGGACGUGGUCGGCUACCUCCGCUCAGUGUUGCAAGAAGCUAAGCCUUACGCCAGGAUGAAACUCAUGCUUGUUGGCGUUCAGGGCAUCGGAAAAACUAGUCUGCUGGAGUGCCUGAGACAAGAAUCCGCUAUACAGCACCGGAGAAAACCGACAGACCACUGGGCAAAACGUAUGGGCAACAAAUCGUCACGGCGCGGCAACGUAUCAACUGUGGGCGUGGACAUCGGCACGUGGGUGUAUGAGAAGCAGCGAUCCUCGAAAGGUCCGGUCACCUUCCGCACUUGGGACUUCGGAGGACAGCAGGAGUACUACGCAACGCACCAGUAUUUCCUGUCGCGUCGCUCGUUGUACCUGGUGGUAUGGCGUACCAUUGACGGGCGGAAAGGGCUGGCAGGAGCUUUGGCUUGGCUCAGGUCAAUACAAGCCCGGGCCCCGGGCUCGCCCGUUAUUAUGGUCGCAACGCACUACGACCAAGUCAUCAAUAGCAACCUGCCUGAAAGCGAGAGUCCGCUGGCGUUACAGCGGCUCAUCAGAGCCUCGGUGAUGGCGGCCCCUGACGCCGACAAGUUGGGGCUGCCGAAGGUGUUGGACUCCAUCGAGGUCUCAUGCAGCACUCGCCACAACAUCCGGCUGCUUGCGGACAUCAUCUACUCCGUUGCGUUCAGUGUGAAGCCUCCAGGAAGCAAGGAGCCACUGCUUCAGCAACGGGUCCCGGCAACAUACUUGGCUUUAGAAGAAUGUGUAGCUUCAUUGGCGGCCGAGCUACGCGAACCAGUUCUGAGGCACGAGGAGUACCGAAGACUUGUAACGCAGUAUAUGCAGCAGAAGAACCUAAGAACUUUUCGCGACGCGGCCGAGUUGCAUCAGGCCACCAUGUUUCUGCACGAAAACGGCGUGAUUCUGCACUACGACGACGCUACGCUGAAGGAGUUGUACUUCGUACGUCCGCAGUGGCUGUGCGACGUCCUCGCUCACGUUGUCACCGUGCGCGAAGUAAACCCGUUCGCUAACAAUGGUAUAAUGAAGGUGGAGGACCUGGCGCACGUGUUCAAGGCGUCGCCGCUGCUGGCGGCGAGCGAGGAGGCGCGCUCGCUGGGCGUGUCGCUGCUGAACAAGUUCGAGCUGGCGCUGUGCUGGGACGCGCGCGUGCUGCUGGUACCGCCGCUGCUGCCGCACCGCGAGCCGCAGCUCCCACAGCUGGCGUUGAGAUCGCGUCCAUGGCCUGGGACUCCGCGUCACGCCCGCAGCGCAGCACUGGCGCCUUUACCUUCAGAUUCGCCCACACUUAUACAGGACAGUCCCGCGGCACAAGUGUCGGGACGUCGCGGUGGCGCCACGCUGCGGCGGCUGCUGCUGCUGUCGUACGUGCCGUGCGGCUUCUGGGCGAGUCUCUGGGCGCGCGUGCUGGCGGAUGCUGCGCUUGCGGCCGCAGCGCCGAGGCUCUACCGCCCGCCGCCAGAGAUGGAGGUAGACGAAGUGGUCUCCAAAGCGCUGGACCUGAACUGGGGCUGGAAGCUCUGGAAGACGGGAAUGAAGUUGGUGUGCGGGGACCUAACCUUGCUGGCGUUAAGAGAGCUCCCACCGAGGUUCGACCCACUGCUGGGCGCGGUGGGAGAUGAGGAGGAAAACGAUGAACUUUACCAUAGUGUUAGAUUUCGUGUGAGACAAGAGGGUGUAUGGUGUGAACUAGACGUCCAGUCCUCGGCCUGCGUAGAGAUCCUGCUUCCCGGGCAAGUGUGCGUGCUGAGGCGAGACGACGGACUACCCAUGGGAGGGUAUCAGAGUAUCAGUCUGGAACCGAACCCAGAGAUCCUAGCGAAAGUGCUGGCGUUAAUAUCCGACCACGUCGACCUACUGCUAGAGGACUGGUAUCCAUCGCUUGGCACCCGCUUCGUGCACACGUCCGAGGGGCGGUGCCUGAUCACGCGUGCAGUUCCGUGCCCGAACUGCUUGCGGGAUCCGCACCACGAGCCCCACCAGGAACCACUGCAACAAGACCACCACCUAACGCAGAUGCUCAGGCGUCUGGAUCUUGGCAACGCAGAGCCACGUCCAUUGCGACUGUCCGAGGAGUCGCGUACAUCGGACGGUGACAGUGGUGUGGGCGCUGAAUCUAACGCCUCCUCCCGCAUCGGUUCAGUGGAAGGCGUUGCUAGCGUUAGCCUUCCCGUGGCCACGUGCUGGACCCUGGAGGAGUGCAUCCUGGCGGGUUGCACUUCCAAGCGGCUGCAUUGCGUGCAGCACGGUGAAGUGGAACUCAGAGACGUGGCGCCCGAUACGCUGCUGCUGGACGUGGAGGAGGAGAAGCGCGCCCGCUGGGAGCACGUGCAGCGCGGCGCGGUGGCGGGCCGCGGCGCCUUCGGCACCGUGCUGGCGGCCAGCUGGCGCCGGCCCGGCCGCGCGCCGCUGCCCGUGGCGCUGAAGGCGCUGCAGCCCGUGCCGCCGCCGCCGCCCCACCAGCUCAGCGCACUGCAGGCUUACAAGGCGGCACUGUCGCGUUGGGAACGAGAGCCAGCGGCCGCCGCGUGCCGCGCGUACUGCGCGCUGCGGCAGGAGCUGGGCGUGCUGGCGCGCCUGCGGCACGCGCACGUGCUGCCGCUGCUCGCCGUGUGCUGCGCGCCGCUCGCGCUUCUGCUGGCGCUCGCUCCGCAGGGUGCGCUAGACGCGAGCCUGCGCACGUACCGCGGCUGCGGCGCGCGUAUCGGACCGCGCGUCGUGCGUGCGCUCGCGUUGCAACUUGCACGUGCGCUUGAGUAUUUGCACGCGCAUCGAGUGGUCUACCGGGACCUGAAGUCAGAGAACGUGCUGGUGUGGGAGAUGCCGCGACCCCACGAGGCACAAGCAGCAGAACGUGAACCAGGUCCGGUGCCAGUACACGUCAAGCUAGGAGACUACGGUAUCAGCAGGAUGGCUCCACCCUCCGGAACGAAAGGCUUCGGGGGGACUGAAGGUUUUAUGGCGCCGGAGAUCAUGCGAUACAACGGCGAGGAAGAGUACAACGAGAAGGUGGACUGUUUCUCGUUUGGCAUGCUUUUGUACGAGGUGAUGACACUGCGGCAGCCCUUUGAAGGUCACGAGGCGGUGAAGGAAGCCGUACUGGAGGGUGCGAGGCCAGCGUUGACGUCCAGGGAUCUUCAGUACCCUUGCAGCAUGGUGGAGACCAUGCGUCGCUGCUGGAGCGGUGCACCAGAGCUCCGGCCGUCUGCUGCUGCCCUGGUAGCAGUGGCUGCUGCCCCCGAGUUCCUUUCCCUAGCGGAUGCCGCGUCUGCAAGAGCUUGCACUUCCGCCAUUGCGGCGACCAAAGUUCAGCUGCCGUCGGAAGACGGUGGCUUAGGCUGGGAGGUGUGGUUCGGUGGCGCGGAACCUGAACGGGUGCACACCUUGUUGGCCAACUCCACGACUUUCCUUCACCAGCACUCGCUCAGGGUGUCGCCAGACAAGGAGUCGGCAGUGCUGGUGACGGCGAUGUGCCGCGUGGGCAACACCAUGUGGCUGGGUGACUCAGUUGGAAGAGUCUCCGUAUAUUCUGUGUCGACGUGCGAGAUGCUGUGGCGCGCGCGCGUUGCGGAGGCGGUAGGCGGCGGCGUGUGCGGCGUGCGCGCACUGCUGCCGCUGCCCGCGCACCGCCGCGUGGCGCUCGCCGCGCACGCCGGCAGAUUGUUCCUGGUGACAUCACACAAACCGGAAGCUGAGGGUAGCUUUGUGCUAACGGAACUGGGUACGGCAACAGAACUCUGCUGUCUUGCAGCUGUGCCUACGUCUGAUGGUGUGGAGGUGUGGGCUGGUGGGGACGGGCUGAGUGCGUACCUGGUGGGGGGGCGAGGGUGUGAGUGCUGCGGACACGCUGCCCGCUCCUGGCAAGGUGGCGCUGCUGGCUUCCGCGGGCUCCGCAGUGCUGGCCGCCUGCAGACCAGAUUCAUUUUUAAGAGACUUGUUGGGAAGGAGAAGGAGGUGGAUACAAGAUCUGUAUUAUAUCCAGGCGUGUUCGUGUACCAGUACAGCGUAACCACGAAACAGUUAUCAGCCAAGCUGGACUGCAGCAAGCUGGUACCGUGCUCUGAAAGCCUGCAGUCCAUCGCCAUCGAUGAGAGGCUCGCCGAGGACCGGUGCAUGAUAACGGCGAUGUGCACACUUCGCGAGGAAGUGUAUGUGGGCACAGCGUGGGGCUGCAUUAUUGUCGCUGACGCUGCUUCGCUCCGGCCCCUCACUGUCUUCCGGCCCUAUGAGGAGGAGGUACGCGCCAUGAUACCACUGCCGGCACUAGAACCAAACGGGAACUGCAUGCUGGCAACCCUCGGCGGUGGCUACCGUCCUCUGUUACAGAGAUAUACUCCCGGGCAGUCGAACAACAACAACGCGACCCACACCGGAGUGUAUUGCCUUCUGUGGAGAGCGGAGAACUGGUUACCGGACUAG